AUGACGUCGCGUCUUGUUCUGGUCAUUGGUGACCUCUUUAUCCCUGAUAGAGCUCCGGAUCUUCCAGCUAAGUUCCGGAAACUCUUAACGCCAGGCAAGAUCGGCCAGAUCCUCUGUCUGGGCAACCUGACCGACCGAAGUACAUUUGAAUUCCUCCGUGGUAUCGCUCCCGAUCUGCAACUGGUCAAGGGUGAUUUCGAUGUCGACUCUCCCAAUCUACCCCUCUCAAAAGUGGUGACCCACGGAAGCCUCCGGAUCGGUCUUACACAUGGCCACACCAUCAUCCCGCCGGGCGACGCCGAAGCCCUGCUUAUCGCCGCGCGCCAGAUGGAUGUCGAUAUAUUACUCUGGGGUGGUGCGCACCGUUUCGAUGCUUUUGAGAUGGAAGGGAGGUUCUUUAUCACCCCGGGAAGUGCAACGGGCGCUCUGAGUACCGGGUAUUGGCCCGAAGGAGAGGAACCAACGCCUAGCUUUUGUCUCAUGGAUAUUCAAGGUGACGUACUUGUGCUGUAUGUCUACCAACUCAAGACGGACGCCAAUGGCGUUGAAACCGUCGCGGUCGAAAAGGUCUCCUUCCGCAAGAACACCGUUCAAUCAUGA